AUGCCAUUCAAGACCUGGUUAACUACCAGUCUGGGGAUUCGAAUCCCUCUCGUACAAGGCGGGAUGAUGUGGGUCGGACGCGCUGAGAUGGUCUCUGCUGUAGCCAAUGCCGGCUGUCUCGGAUUUCUCACUGCUCUCACACAACCGACGCCUGAGGCACUGCGAAAAGAGAUCCACCGAACGCGCAGCAUGUUGAAACCAGAUGCGGUCCAAUUCGGGGUUAACAUCACGCUGCUGCCUGCCAUUAAUCCGCCGGACUACAAGGCAUAUGCCAAAGUCUGCGUUGAGGAGGGCAUAAGAAUUAUCGAAACUGCGGGGGACCCAAGCCCAGUGCUCAAGAUCGUUAAAGACGCCGGAUGCACUGUAAUUCACAAGUGUGUGGCGUUGAAGCAUGCUUUGCGAGCUGAACGGUUGGGCGUAGACUGUAUCAGCAUUGAUGGAAUUGAGUGUGCUGGCCACGGAGGCGAAUAUGACACAACGUCACUGAUGCUACUGAGUCUAUGUGCCGAACAGCUCAAGAUUCCUUACCUUGCUUCAGGGGGGUUUGCUAAUGGCCGACAAGUAGCUGCUGCACUGGCGCUGGGGGCAGCAGGUGUGAACAUGGGGACACGAUGGAUGGCUACGAAGGAAUCACCAAUACAUCCCAAUGUCAAGGACGCCAUUGUCAAAGCAAGCGAGCACGAUACAGUACUGGUGCUACGUAAAUUCCGAAACACCAGCAGGCUUCACAAGAACGAAGUUAGUACAGAGGUUUUCAAGAUCGAAAAUUCCAAACAGGACGUUAAGUUUGAGGAUGUGGCCCAUUUGAUGAGUGGCAAGCGAGGACGUGGAGUAUACGAGACUGGUGAUGUCAACGCUGGCGUAUGGAGUUUGGGUAUGUGUGCUGGUUUGAUUCAUGAUGUCCCAUCCUGCGACGAGCUUGCACGGCGCUUGGAGAGGGAUGCUGAGGAAACCCUUAGCAACACAAUUGCUCUUCGCACGCCGAAAUCGAACCUUUGA